AUGAAGGGACAAAAAACGCGAACCUCGCAGCAGAGACGAACAUAUAUGGGCUCGCGACAGAGGCCUUCGGAUUCACAGUCGGACCCAACAGUUUUCGUCAGUCCUGCCAACUUGCCCCCACCGCCCAAAUAUGAGGCGAUGGCGCCGCCUAGUUAUGAGGAGGUAGUCGGUGUUCACUACCCAAAUUUCCAAGCUCCGGUUCAACCAAUCAACCAACCAAUCACUCAGCCAAUCACAGCGGAGCUGGCUCAAAGCUCAAAUACGACAAACGAAAGCGACAAUAGCGCUAACAGUAACGCAAACGCUCGAAGCAACGGUGACGUCACGACUUCGACAGUUGUAACCGUCAUGAACGAAAGGACGCAAGUCACAGUCACGGCUUCGUGA